UUCAUUUUAUCAAAGUCGGUACGACAAGCAAUAGGCGUUGGUUUACGUUUUGCGGAUUUAAAAAUAAAAAUGUGAUAAAUUAUGAUAACAUAAUUGAUAUAAAAAUCACAAUCAUGUGGCGACUGAUUAGUCUGACAGGUGUUGUGUUCAUUUUCAGUUAUGUAGGAUCAUACGCAGAUACCAGGUCACAGUUCGACAAGAUGCUGAUGCCAAGAGAAAAGACGGCGGAAAAGAAGAUUCCAACGGACGAAGUGUCGUUAAACAAGAGCUACCUGAUCAUAGUAGAGAGCAUCCGGGAGGGUCUGGAGGAGGCGGCAGAGGAGUGCAAGCACCAAUUCCGGUGGGACCGCUGGAACUGCCCCGUCACCUCCACCAACAUCGUCUCCAAGUCCAGGCAAAGUCAGGCCACGCGCGAGGUCGCCUUCCUACAGUCAGUGUCGGCCGCCGGCAUCAUGUACUCGGUGACGGAGAGUUGCAACCGAGCCGACAACGCUCUUUGCAGCUGCGGGGACGGCGGCAAAUUCCAUUACGGCCAUGACACGCUGCACUGGAAGUGGGGCGGGUGCAGUCAUAACGUACAGUUCGGAGAGAAGGUCUCGCGGCUCUACCUGGGCACCGGAAAGGCCAGCGCGGACAUCUCAAAUGCGCUCAAGAGUCACAACGAGAGGGCGGGCCACAAGACUGUAAAGCAUACGAUGAAAACAACGUGCAAGUGUCAUGGGGUAACCGGAAGUUGCCAAAUGCGCACGUGCUGGAAACACAUGUCUAACUUCCGCUUAAUCGGAGACAAACUUCGUAAAAAGUUCAAACGUGCAAAGGACCUCAGACAUAUGCGUGGCUUCAUGCCUUAUACCAAUAAAGUGAGACAUCCCAAACUGACAAAGAUAUCAAAGGAUGAUUUGGUGCAUUUUGAAGAUUCCCCGUUGUACUGUGAAACAGACAACGCUAGUGGAUACCUGGGCACGCUUGGCCGGGAGUGCUUGAAACUCGAAAAGGGUGCAAACAAGUCCUCAAUGAGCAAGUUCGAGCGUCACAGCUGCCGCCGGUUGUGCAACGAGUGCGGUCAUCGGGUUGGGCGCCACUUGGUGCGCGAGGAGUACGACUGUGACUGCGAGUUCCGGUGGUGCUGCUCCGUGCAGUGCAGACGCUGUACUAGAGACGUGACACGGUACUAUUGCAAGUAACGUACCGGGCCGGAAUAACCCCCUCGAUCUUAGUGAAACAGUUUGUGAUAGAGUGACACCGUCGUUGCAGUGCAGACACUCCACAUAAGAUGUGACGCGAUAUUAUUUGAGUCGCGUUCUGAGAAAACUGGGCAUAAUGCAUGUGUGUAAAGUGUCGUCCCUGAUUAGCCUGUGCAGUCCGCACAGGCUUAUCAGGGACGACACUUUCCGCUUUUAUGACAUUUUUCGUUUAAAUGAAGUAUCUUCUUAGCAAAAAUCCAAUGUAGGCGGAAAGUGUCGUCCCUGAUUAGCCUGUGCGGACUGCACAGGCUAAUCUGGGACGACACUUUACGCACAUGCAUUAUGCCCAGUUUUCUCAGAGCAAGGCUUAAUUCAUGUGACGUACUUUAUUGCGAGGCAGGCGCGGUUUCAAAUGCAUGACGCAGUUAUCACAAGCGGCAUAUCGGAAAUUACCACAUAUCUUAAGUUUGUUUUGUUUUUUAUUUGAACACUGUUUUCGCUCAUACAAUAUGGUAUGCCCAAGACAUGGGGUGAUAUUAUUGCGAUAACAGACCGGAAUAGAAAUGUCUCAACUAUGUAUUAGUUUACGUGCCAAUAAUACUUUAAAAUGGGACAUCGGCAUAAGACAUAUCGUUAAUGUUAUAUUAUGUGCCGCCUAUGAGUAAAUAUUUAUUAUCAAAUAUUCGAUCAGCGUAGCUCCAGACCAUUCGUCGCAAGCGCGCAGUCUAGUCAGGAGCUAUGCUUCUCGCUGUAAAGUCAUGCAAGGAUUCGUGUUCUCGUUAACAAACAUGAUAGUUCCUGGCCAGACUGCGCAAAUGCAGCUACACUGGCCGCAUAUGGUUUUAGACCCAUUUUCGCAUGACCUGGCUCACAUAUGACAUUUCUGCAGGUGACGCAUAUGUUUUAAUCCAAACGAUCCUCAUUCUAUGAGUUAUUUCUGUGAUUGAAUCUUUGCUCUUUGAAUGGAUGCACAGUGAUGUGUUUUAUUUUAUUUUUUUGUAUAUUUGCACUUUUUUGAUUUUCUGUACGUUAACUCUAACUUAAAUUGGCCGUUUUCAAUGACAGGCGUUUCAAAGGAAGAUAUCAAGCACUUAACUCAUACGUGUUGCGCGUAUUCACUUAUUUCAUCAUCUAUUUCCAUGUCCAUGUAAGGUAUUGUAUGUUUUAUGCAGUUUUGUAUAUUUUGCAAGCUUUAAAACUUGGCGAAAUGUUCGACGAGAAUUGGUGUCACUGACUGUAUACCAGGCUGAGAUUAUUUAUUUAACAGUUGUUACAUUGUGUAUAUUUGUUUUAAAUGUGUCAUUUAUCAUAUUGGUUGUGAGGCCCCACAUAUUGUGGAAUGAAAACAUUCAUGGAUAUAGCUACUGCUUCUUGGCUUAUUUAUAACACAUAUAUGAUGUUAAUACAAUUGUUAUAUUGUUUCAUUUCAAUAUAUGUAUAUAUACGAA